CCUAUCACUUGAAGGGGCUGAAUAGGGGGAAAAGGUGGAUGUUGAUUAUCUCUAUCAAGCAAAGAGGCCAUCAGUCUUWCCAGUCAGUGUAGCGGUCCCUGAAGUGCAAUACCCGCAUGCGCAGUGCCAUCAGUCUCGUCGGGUAUCCUGAAGAUCGAAAACAGAGAAGAUGAGCUUGAGCACCCAGCACGGAACUCAUGCAUGAUUUCCGCUUGCCUUUUGUAGUUUUUGCCUAAUUCGGGGUUGAUGUCGAAUUGUCCAGCAGCGUUGGAGAUCAACGGCUAUAACGGCAGAAUACGGUAAUUUAAAGGUGUUGGGCAUCACAUUGCACCGGAUGUCAUUACACGCGCCUAAAUCUCGAGAAGCAUAAGCAGGACCAAAUCCAGACGCAGUCAUGGAAGCUCUCACCCACUUUAUGAAUGACACUGUAGAGUUCUACAGAUGGAGCCUUACUAUAGCAGACAAGCGAGUGGAGAAAUGGCCGAUGAUGUCAUCGCCCGCCCCCACCCUGGCCAUCAGCUGCCUGUACCUGCUCUUCCUGUGGGCGGGGCCUAAGUACAUGCAGAAUCGUGAGCCUUUCCAGCUAAGGAAGACCCUCAUAGUGUACAACUUCAGUAUGGUGAUACUCAACUUUUACAUCGCCAAAGAGCUCCUCCUGGGUGCGAGAGCAGCGGGAUACAGCUACCUAUGUCARCCUGUCAGCUAUUCCAACGACGUCAAUGAAGUCCGGAUAGCGUCGGCUCUGUGGUGGUACUACAUCUCUAAGGGAGUGGAGUAUCUGGACACAGUGUUCUUCAUCCUGAGGAAGAAGAUCAACCAGGUCAGCUUCCUCCAUGUCUACCAUCACUGCACCAUGUUUAUCCUCUGGUGGAUCGGAAUCAAGUGGGUCCCUGGAGGACAAUCGUUCUUCGGAGCAGGCAUAAACUCAUCCAUCCAUGUCCUUAUGUAUGGAUACUAUGGCCUGGCCGCUUUCGGACCCAAGAUCCAGAAAUUCCUCUGGUGGAAGAAAUACCUGACCAUUAUUCAGAUGAUCCAGUUCCACGUGACUAUUGGCCAUGCCGGCCACUCCCUCUACACUGGCUGCCCRUUCCCUGCCUGGAUGCAGUGGGCCCUGAUUGGCUACGCCGUCACCUUCAUCAUCCUAUUCGGCAACUUUUACUACCAGACCUACCGACGCACCCCACGUUCUGCCCACAAGGCGGCCAAGCCCGUCACUAAUGGCRUCUCCAUGGCAACCAACGGCUACAACAAGCUACAGGAGGUAGAGGAAAAUGGGCAGAAGCAGCAGAAAAAGGGAAGAGCGAAAAAGGAGUAAGGAGAAGGUGGAGAGGAUGGAGGAAGCCUCUGUCAGAACAACACGAGGACCGUGGGGUGAAAAGGCAGAGGAGAUAGAGGGGUUCAGGGGUGAAAGUUCAAAAGUCAAAUGGGAUUCCACCACACCCCUGCAGGAUGUUUCGAGGAUGUGAUUUGUGACCAAUUUGUGUGUGUGUGUGUGUGUGUGUGUGUGUGUGUGUGUGUGUGUGUGUGUUGUGUG